CUUUUGUUGGGUACAGCACCUCACGCCCCAACAAGCGGAAGCAGGAGGCGGAGCGAGCUCCUCGACUCGAGGAGAGAGAGACGGCCAAAGCCUUGAGGCUCAGCCGCCAACAGCAGCGCCUCUCCAAGCGACACAGUUUUGACACCGUAAGAUGCUGCAGCGGCUGCGUCACGCCGUGGGCUGGGGACUGCCCGCUUCCCCACCCGGUACGAGGGUGGAUUUCCAGGUGUGUGCGCCGCUGGGUCACGGCCAGACGCUGUGGCUCGUAGGGGAUCUACCAGCGCUCGGAGGUUCCGUGGAUGUGGUGCCCAAUACAGGCGGCGCAGGCGCUGAGGGCGGUCUACAACUAGUCACGACACCGGAUCUGUACCCUAUUUGGUACAAUUUAGAGCCCGUGUUAGCGCCUGCGGGCUCUGUGGUGCGCUAUCGCUAUGCUGUAUGCUCCGGCAGUCGCUUCUUGCGUUAUGAAGGUACAGCUGAGUCCGGUCCCGUCACCAGAGAGCUCACAGUGGGCGUAGGCUACGUACAGACACAAGAUACACUGGAUGGGCGACCCAGACGUCGCUCCUCGGUCUGCAGCGACGACGACACCACAGGAACCUCCACAGUCGUGAAUUCAGACGCCGAUCAGACCGCCGACGCCAGCGACGAGGACGUCCCGCCUCCUGCGUUUUGGGGGGUUAUCCCGAGACUCAGUUCCGGUCAGGCUUUUGUGGAUCGACGCGCUAAUGGGACGGAAGAUGGAGGCAGUACGUUGCAUCGCAAUAACAGACGACCACCAGGCUCUGGCAGACUGUUGACGGACGUGAUGGAGGAGAACGAACAGACUGCUAGUCCCACUGCCAGUCUGUCAAGACACGCAUCUGCGAGAGUGAGAACGGGGUCAGGGCCCAUGUUAGGAGAGGAAGUGGCAAGCCCCACGUCGCCUCGACCGACAGCCAGUAACGUGACGAUGGAGGCGACGGAUGGAGUGAUUAUCGCUGUCCACAGACUGCCAGUUCUUGUACAUCGCACUCCAGAGGGUCAUUACCAUAUUGAAUGGGAAGAUGACAACCUAAUUUGUCCGUCUGGACUAUUGAAAGACUCGUAUCGUGAAGCCAAUUGGGACCGUGUGAGUUCGAUGAGGUUAACGUGGGUCGGAACGGUCCACUGCGCUGAGCCUAUCCCCAAGGAAGACGAAGAGCGACUAGCCAAGCAACUGGAGGACUUCCACUGCGUUCCGGUGUUUCUAUCUGAACCUCUAGGCUCGACGUUCCACAAUUUCUGCUAUGGAACACUCUGGCCUGUGUUCCACAAUAUCGUGGAUGUGUAUGGAGCUCUCCCUACGCGCUGGUGGAACCCCAGUCAACAACGCAAUGCCUGGGCCAGCUACAAGACAGUUAACCGGAUCUUCGUCAACAAGGUCAUUGAAGUGUACAACGAAGGCGACUUAGUGUGGGUACACGGACUUCAUCUACUAGUUGCGCCGAGUUUCCUGACUCGUCGUCUACCCUGCGUCAACGUCGGUAUCUUCUUGCACACGCCAUUCCCCAGUUCCGAGAUCUUUAGGACGCUAUCAAUGCGUGCAGACCUGCUACGUGGAGUCCUGGCGUCGGACCAUAUCGGUUUCCACUUGUACGAACACGCGCGUCACUUCUUGACGAGUUGUCGUCGCAUUCUUGGUCUCAAGUACAGCGUGCAGCCUGGUGGUUACAUUGGCGUGGAGUAUAAUGGCCGCAUGGUGAUGCUGACUAUCAGCCAUAUCGGUAUCGAGCCUUCGUUCAUGGACAGGAUUAAUUCUAGCGUCCAAGUGGAGCAGGAUACAGCGGUGCUUGCGGCUAAGUAUGAGAGCAGCAAGCGUAAGGUAUUUGUGAGUGUGGAUCGAGUGGAACGACUGAAGGGAAUCUUACUCAAACUUGGAGCUAUCGAGUUCUUCCUGGCGCAACAUCCGGAGUACGUGGACAAGGUGCAGUUCGUGCAGAUCGGUAUCUGGGACUCUUCCAAUCCUACUCCCGAGAAGGACAGUGUUCGUGCGGAGAUCUUGGCGCAUAUGAAGCGCAUUAACGACCGCUUUGGCGCCAACCGGAACGAGCCAGUCUUUGCCUAUUCAGAAGUGGAGAACACGGACAUGGCCUCGAGACUCCCACUCUGGCGCGUGGGUCAUGUAUUACUCACUACUUCAGUGCGUGACGCUGUGAAUCUCUACCCGUUCGAGUUCAUCUACGCACAUGAACUAGCCAAGUCUCCCGGUGUUGUGAUCGUGUCGGAGUUCUCUGGUAGUAGUCGCGUAUUGACUGGCAGUGUGGCUGUGAACCCGUGGAAACGUGACGAGAUUAUUCAGGCGAUGGAAUUGGCACUGACAAUGUCUGACGAGGAGCGAGCUGCGCGUCAUCAGAAAGAUUUGGAGUAUAUCAUUACGAACUCGAGGACGAAAUGGGCGGAGCGUAUUCUGGUGGAUCUCAAGCGUACGAAGAAGCAGACGGCGGAGGGCGAGUACAUGGGGUACGGUCUUGGCUUGGGCUUCCGAAUGCUGGAGUUCAACGCCGGCUUCAAGAUGCUGGAGACUGACGUUGUAGCCAAGGCUUAUCGCGAUACAUUCCGUCGUGUGAUCUUCUUCGAUUACGGCAACACACUCACACUGGAAGAACCUGCUGGCACGCACAACUUCUCCAAGUACAUCACGGGUAAUGAGCAGAAUGCGUUUGUGUCCAAGACGGAGGCUCCCAAGGCGUCGUCUGAUCUUCUAGCUUCGUUAACGUUGCUGUGUGCUGACCCGCGGAACACAGUAUUCGUACUAAGUGGCAAGGAACGCUUGGAUCUGGAAAAGACGCUGGGCUCGGUGCGUGGGUUGGGACUUGCUGCGGAGCAUGGAUAUCUGUACAAGUGGGGGACUGGAGCGAACGCUAGUGCUGGGAGUAUGGCACAACCGUCUAGCAGCAGCAGCUCCAACAGUAUGGCCAGUGAAGUGGAGGAAGGAGUUUGGUUGUGCACGAAGGACAACUUUGAUGACUCGUGGAAGGAUGUGACGCACGCCGUCAUGGAUAUUUAUACGCAACGCACACACGGCACGUACAUUGAGCUGAAGGGCAGUGCGUUGCUGUGGCAGUACCGUGAUGCUGACCCGGAGUUCGGUCAGUUGCAAGCGAAGGAGUUGCACGAUCAACUUCUGCAGGUAUUGGAGCAUUUCCAAGUAGAAGUGGUGACGGGUACAGACUAUCUCGAAGUGCGUCCAGAAGGUGUGGACAAGGGAGUGAUUGUAGACCGCGUGUUGUCCACGAUCGAGUCUACCAGUGGCCAAUACGUCGACUUUAUUUUGUGUGUGGGUGACGAUCUAUCGGACGAGUUCAUGUUCCAGUACCUGGAGGAUGUUCGCAGUCGACGCAACAUGUUCACAGUGACUGUAGGCAAGAAACCCAGUGCUGCUAAGUACUUUGUGAACGAUGUGGACCAAGUUAUGGAGAUUGUGCACGCAAUGACCAAGGUAUCGACGGCGGCCAAGCGCAACUUCUCCAUGAACGACUUGCGGCUAUUUGACCGCAAUACGACAAGUGGAGGACUUUUGUCGUUCCAGCGUAAUGAGGCGGGACUUAACCGGCCGUCGGGUAAUUUGGGUUACAUGAGUGACGGUAGCUUUGAAGACAUGAAGUCGUCGCCAUUUGAGAGUUUAGCGGAGGGUGAAGAGGCUCCAGCGACAGAAGAGAACAUGCAGUCAAGUACUACAAACUCACUGGCUGGUCGCGGUAUUGCCGGUAGAAGUCUGGGUGGGGCGAUGGGUGGGCGUAACUCAAUGUCCAUGAGCUCGUUAUCUACGGCAGGGAUGCCCUCGUUGCACCCCACAUCAUCCACUUACGAGCAAUAUCUGAGCAACGUCGACGAAGCAGCGGAAGAAGAAGAAGGAGGCAUUUUCUUUUAGACAGGAGCAGGGCAUUGAGAGGGUAAUACAAAGGAACUUUUUAAGGGCUUGAGCCUUACUGGUCGAU